AUGAAGCUCCCCGCGCGUGUACCCCUACGCACCCUGCCGCGUCUGGUUCACAAUGGCGGCGGCGGCGGCGCGUCCACCAUGCGCCCUCUGCACUCGACGUGUGUCAGAGCGGCCAAUGUCGCCUCCGUUGUCGGCACGGGGCCGCCCCCAGAGGCACCGGUCACGCCCUCGGCCGACUCGUACCAGCGUGUUGAGCGACGGCGGCGACAAGCCGAGAUGCUCAAGACGGCACGGGAGAUUCGCAACGUAAAGGACGGCAAGGCGAGCGGUGGGUUGAAGCCGAGGUUCUGGACAAACGUGGACGUGCGCCAGGUCGAUGACAGCCUACAGGUAUUCCUGGACCAGCGACCGCUACGACACCCGUCGACCAAGGCCAUCAUCAAGCUGCCCCUGACCAAGACGCACCUGGCCACGGCCCUGGCCCUGGAAUGGGACCACCUGACGUCAGCCCAGGAGGCGACGAAGCAGCACCUCAUCCCGCUGACCAGCCUGGUCUGCCGCGCACUGGAUAUCGAGGCCGACGACGCCGAUGCUAGUAAGCCCGAGUCGUCCAAGCUGCGCACCGACGUAGCCCACAUGGUGCUCAGGCACCUCGAGACGGACUCGAUCCUGUGCUGGGUGCCCCCCGCGGGGCCCUUUGACGUGCGCAACGACGCCGGCGAGUCCCUGCGCGACGUGCAGAAGCAGACGGCCGACGAGGUGGUGUCGUACCUGACGACUAACGUGUGGCCCGGCAUCCGCAUCGAGCCCAUCCUCGACGGCCACUCGCUCAUGCCGAGGGAUCAGCCCGAGGGCGUGCGCGACGUCGUGCACGGCUGGAUCACCGGCCUCGACGCCUGGGAGGUGGCCGGCCUCGAGAGGGCCGUCCUCGCCGGCAAGAGCCUCAUCGCCGCCGUCAGGCUCAUCGCCGAGUGGAGCGAGGGUUCCGCCAACGCCUGCUCCUUCCCCGUCGACGCCAAGCCCUUCAGCGCCGAGGAUGCCGCCAAGGCCACCGGGCUCGAGGUUGACUGGCAGUCGGGCCACUGGGGUGAGGUCGAAGACACCCACGACGUCAACAGGGAGGAUGUCCUGCGCCAGCUGGCCAGCGUCGUGCUCCUGGUUUCCGGGACCGCCAAGCGCUAA